AUGCCUCAGCAGGUCUGGAGGUAUGGAUCUUACAGCGAUGGCUUUCUACAAAGUGAUGUGUUUGGCUGCUGGGCUGAUGCUCCUGACCCAAGAGUCUGCGUCACGGCUGAAUGGUGUCUGUCUUCAGUUUGUGGUCAGGCGGCUCUGAACACCAGGAUUGUAGGAGGACAGGUGGCCCCCGAUGGCAGCUGGCCCUGGCAGGUCAGUCUGCAAACACAUGGGUCCCACUUCUGUGGAGGAUCCCUGAUUAACAGUCAGUGGGUGCUGACUGCUGCUCACUGCUUUAGAAGCAGUACUCCAACCGGUCUGACUGUGAAUCUGGGCCUUCAGGGUCUACAGGGAACUAAUUUCAAUGCAGUGUCUCUGACAGUAACACAGAUCAUCAACCAUCCAAACUACAACUCUGGUACCGAUGACAACGACAUCUGCCUCCUGCAGCUCUCCUCACCGGUGACUUUCAGCAGCUACAUUUCUCCCGUCUACCUGGCAGCUUCAGACAGCACCUUCUACAGCGGUGUUAACAGCUGGGUCACCGGCUGGGGCGAUAUAGGAAGUGGAGUGCCCCUUCCUUCUCCACAAAACCUGAUGGAGGUGGAGGUUCCUGUUGUGGGAAACAGGCAGUGUAACUGUAACUAUGGAGUGGGAACAAUCACUGACAACAUGAUCUGUGCCGGGUUAAGUGCAGGAGGAAAGGACUCCUGUCAGGGGGAUUCAGGAGGUCCAAUGGUGAGCAAGCAGAACGGUCGCUGGAUUCAGGCAGGAAUCGUCAGUUUUGGAACAGGCUGUGCCAGACCGAAUCUUCCAGGAGUCUACACCAGAGUAUCCCAGUACCAGACCUGGAUCAACAGCCAGAUCUCCUCCAACCAGCCGGGCUUCAUGACGUUCACGUCCACUGGGACCAACAGUGACCUCAGUGUUACCUGCACAGGACUGCCACCAGUGCCAACCACCACCACUACAACUUCCACCACCAACACCACCCCCCUUACAACCACUACAACUGCAGCGGUGGUCUGUGGACAAGCGCCAAGGAGUCCUCACAUUUUGGAGGGGACCUCAGUGAUGGCUGGCUUGUGGCCAUGGAUGGUGAGCCUACAGAAGAAUGGAAGUCACGUGUGUGGUGGGACUCUGGUGACCUUGGUCUCGGUGCUGAGCGACGCUGACUGUUUCUCAAGCUCCCCUGUAGCGUCCGAGUGGACUGUCGUGUUGGGGCGUCUGAAGCUAAAUGGAUCCAACCCCUUUGAGAUGACGCUGAAUGUGACAAAUAUCACUCUGAGCAACACGACCGGGACCAACAUAGCCAUCCUCCGUCUAUCUGCCCAGCCCACCCUGACCGACUACAUCCAGCCCAUCUGCUUGGACAACGGGCGAACCUUCGCUGAGGGCUUGGCGUGCUGGGCGGCCGGUUGGAGUCCUGGAAGAGGAGGAGCUGAGGAAGUUAUGCAGCAGUUUCAGACCUCGGUGGUAAACUGUGGGAACUUAUCAUCGAGUGAGAGCAUCUGUACAGACGUGUUUGCACUACAGCAGGGUGAUUCUGGCGGCCCGCUGAUGUGUAAGCAGGACGGCUCUUGGUUCCAGGCGGUCGUGUUAACAGCUCCAGGCCCCUCUGCCAGGAGAAGACGAAACUCAGUCAUGACCUUCACCAGAGUGAGCUCCUUUGACUCCUUCCUGACUGAGACCCUUGAGAUGCGCUUGUCUCCGGCUUCCAACACCACUGCCAACCCCACCAAUGCCCCCAUCACUACCACUACCAGCAGCACCUAUACCACCACUAUGGCCACCACCACAAAUGACUCAAAUAGUGUGUUUGACACCAGCGGGGGUCGUCCGGCUCAGGCCUUCACAUUUGCCAUCUUCCACCUCCUCAGCCUCACCCUUUGUCUCCAAUUCUUCCUGUAG